UCUGCCAGUGACUGCCGUGCAAUGAUGACGCAAAAACGGUAGACGGUUCGCGCGUGUGUUUCGCUGUUCUACCCGCACUUAUUCCACGGAUACAGGAGUAGGCGCUGGAUUCCCUGUGUGGUUGACGUCUGAGCGAAAAGCCCCCAGUAGUGCUAAAUGGUAUAAAUUAUUCCUUCCGCCCGUGCCGGAUAUGUGAAAUGGGUUGUGAAAUCACGUCCUUCCGGGAAGGAAUUCCUGGAUUACUGUUCCCGUCGUUUGGCCCUUAACAGAAGCCAUCCGUGCCAACGGAAGUGAAGUGUGUGACAAAAAGAAAUCCAUUUCCCGUGAAGGUGCAACAAAUUGUGAUAAAUGAGUGAUGAAUCAGUUUUUUUAGCGGCAGGGAUGCUGCCACCCUCCACCGAAACCACAAAUGAAACCAUGCUGGAACAGACUCCGUUCGGCGAAGUAAACAAUAGCUUUGUUAUGGCUUUCGCCGAAAAUGCAACUCUGCUCGGAAAUGAAACCUCCGCGAAACUUCCACCCGGCGGCACCGUUAGUUCCUCCACCACCAUGCUGGCUUAUCUGUUGGAAACGGGUCGCUUCCAGAUCCCACUGUACAGCAUUAUCUUUCUGCUGGCUGUGAUAGGCAACUCGCUCGUCAUCCUAACGCUGGUGCAGAACAAACGGAUGCGAACGAUCACCAACCUGUUCCUGUUGAAUCUGGCCGUGUCGGAUCUGUUUCUCGGUGUGUUCUGUAUGCCGUUCACCCUGGUGGGAAUGUUGCUGCGGGAUUUCAUCUUCGGGGAGGUCAUGUGCAAGCUGCUGCCGUAUCUGCAAGCUUCCUCGGUGGCAGUAUCAGCCUGGACACUGGUGAUAAUUUCAGUGGAGCGCUACUACGCCAUCUGUCAUCCGCUGAGAUCGCGCCGCUGGCAAACGCUAAGCCACGCCUACCGUCUGAUUGCGCUAAUCUGGUGCGGAAGUUUGUUCUUCAUGCUGCCGAUUGCCGCCCUCAGCAAGCUAAUUCCGACCAAUCAGGGCCAUCACAAGUGCCGCGAACUGUGGUUCGAGCGCAGCUACGAACGGGCCUACAAUUUGUUUCUGGAUGUGAUACUGUUGGUGCUACCGCUGGUCAUACUGGGCGUUACGUAUUCGCUGAUAACACGGAAUCUGUGCCGUGGGAUGCAGCAAAGUUUCAGGCGCUACUCGAAGACGACGGGAUCUUGCCGGGAGAGGGUCGGUACUACUGUGGCUGGUGGUGAAGGAGAUAGCGAGGUGUUGGAUGGCAGCGGUCGGGGUAAACGGUGGUCCCAGCGGAAGAAUAAUAACAACAAUCGUGCAACGGAUCAGUACAUGGAGGUGUACAUCCGGCCCAAUGGCAGCACAAGGGUCCGCUGUCCAUCGCUCAAGUGCCAUCGGGAGACACUGUCGGCAACGAAGCAGCAGAUGACAGUACCAGAUAAUAUGCCAGGAGGAAAGCAAAUCAAUACAUCGUCGUUCAGCUCCGGCUGGAGCCAACAACAAUCGAGCACAACGAUUCAGUGGCCAACGAAGCAGCUAUCGGAACCAUUUCGAAGCUACCCGUCGUCAACCGGUGCUGGUAGUAGUCCUGGGGCCCGCUCUGCUACCAGCGUGGAUUCUAAUGGGAAAGAAUCGAUGCGGGCUAAAAAUCCCGCCCUAAGAAAGUCCAACAUGGAGAAAAGCCUGAUGAACAAGAAGCGCAUCAUCAAAAUGCUGUUCGUGGUGGUGCUGGAGUUCUUCCUCUGCUGGACACCGCUGUACGUGAUCAACACGAUGGCCCUGUUCUGGCCCAGCACGGUUUACCACAAUCUGGGCUACACGGCCAUCAGUUUCUUCCAGCUGCUAGCCUACUCGUCCUCGUGCUGUAAUCCCAUUACCUACUGCUUCAUGAGUGGUGGCUUCCGGAAAGCUUUUCUGAAUCUGUUCCGAUGCUUUCGUGGUGGUGGCGGUGGUGAAAUGACAGGAAAUGCCAGCGUGAGGAACCGUCGGAAUAGUGCCACCUGUACGAUGUACGUUACCCGUGGGAGCAGCAGCAGUAAACGGAAUAAAAAACCACUGCUGGAGAGGGGAAUGACGGGCGGGGCUGGAGCUUUAAGCAACGAUGAGCUGAGAAGUAGUAAACAAAAACAACGUGACGGUAGGACACUUUCGAUGGGUGUCUUGCAGAACCGACUGCAGCAGCAGCACUAGUUGGAGGGUCAAAGGAUGCCAUGGGAAAUGGUGGUUGCGUUGGUAACAGAAUUACUCAAUUAGCAAGUGUGAAUCAAUUAAAGAGUGAAACUUUCGUGUUCCGUCGGAAUAUUCAAUCGCCAUUGGCUUUCUUUUGUUGAUCAGGUGCACAAGGGGAAGUUGGGGUUGUUAGAAGCUGUCAAAACAAGCAGUUGUUGGAUGUUCUCAUUGAUUCGAUGAAUCAAGUAUGAAUGUAAUAACAAUAAAUAGUUACUUUAGUGUAAGAAAAGAAAGUUUAAAGAUAGAAAAGAAAUUACUGAUGCCAAAAACAGUAGGCUAUCGAAUGACAAGAACUCUUUGUUCUCUGAAAAAUGUAAGCUGUUAAGAUGUAAAUAUAUUAUAACUACAAAAACA